AUGACAGCUCCUCUAGUCAAAGUCCUGCACAGGAUGCAGGAGCUCUUCUCCAACAUUGUCGCUGCAUUAGAGGCAAUGAUCUUGUUCCCUUCAUUAUUCCGGGAUCCCUCGCGUAAGCGGCGGAAGGCUUUCCAUGGCGCCUACUGGCGACGUCGGACGCUCGACAAUUUUGCCGAGGAAGUCGACCGCCUCUUCACUGCGCCAUUGUCUUUGCGCAAUAUGAUUAUCAUGUCAGAAAAGAUCCGAGAACAAUUCAAGUCGUGCCUACAGUCCAGCCCCGUGUGCAUGUUGCCAUCGUACAACCAUGCACUGCCGUCAGGAACUGAGAAAGGGACGUAUCUGGCUUUGGAUGUUGGGGGAUCGACAUUCCGAGUCGCCUUGAUUGAAUUAGGAGGCGCAGGAGCAAUGAAGAUUCUUCAAGAGUCAUCAUCUCCAAUCGACAACGAUGUGAAGCUGUUGGAAGGGACCUUGUUCUUCGAUUGGAUGGCCGAGAAGAUUGAGUCAAUGCUAAGUGCGGUGGGUGCUGACUAUGGUCGGGAAGCCGUGCCUCUCUCAAUGGGAUUAUCAUGGUCUUUUCCGAUUGAGCAGACAUCCAUCAGCAGUGGCCUGGUGAUUCACAUGGGAAAAGGGUUCUUGUGUUCCAACGGUACCCUUGGUCAGGAGUUGGGGGAUCUGAUCGUCCAAUCAUGCCGGAGACGGAGCCUCAACGUACGAGUCGACGCAAUAGUGAAUGACAGUUCCGCAGCGCUUCUUUCGCGAGCGUACGUCGACCCUAAAACACGCAUGUCUCUAAUCCUCGGAACUGGAACCAAUGUUGCGGUCCAUUUUCCUGUGCACGAGAUAGGGUUGACCAAGUUUGGCACUAGACCCCCAGGCUGGUUUGAUUAUGCCAAGCAUGUAAUUAUCAACAGUGAGCUGAGCAUGUUUGGUGGUGGAAUUUUGCCCAUGACCCGAUGGGAUGACAUCCUCAACCGGACUCACUUACGGCCGGAUUACCAGCCAUUGGAGUACAUGGUUACUGGACGCUACCUGGGUGAAAUUGUCCGACUCAUCAUCGCAGAGGCCGUCGAAACUGCGAACUUGUUUGGAGGCGAGCUUCCUCAUUCCAUGCGAGACCCUUACUCCUUCGAUACUAGCAUUGUUGCAUUCCUCGAAGCAGACACGUCACCAUCACUGGUUCCAUCAGCAGCUCUCCUCCAGAAAGAGCAUACGUUCCCAGUGUCUCCAUCCGUCGAAGACCUGCGCUUCUUGCGACGAAUUUGUCAGAUCGUAUCGAAGCGCGCGGCGGGUUAUCUGGCAACCGCGAUCCACAGUAUGUGGUGCCUACGCAAUGACGCAGAAUUCUCCGAUCCGACAGAAUCAAAAGCAUCCUCUGUCAAGGAUACUCAGGAAAUCACGAUUGUAGAGAGUGAGGAAGACUCUCGGAGUUUGUCCAUCGCAUGUGAUGGUAGUGUCAUCAACAAAUAUCCCGGCUUCAGAGAUCGCUCCCAGGAGUACCUCAACCAGCUCACCCAGCAAACUAAUUCGUCACAGGGGUCACUAGAUCCUGCUACGAGUCCUUAUAUUCGCCUUGAACUAGCGCCAGAGAGUGCUAUCUUGGGGGCUGCAGUUGCAGUUGCCGUGGCUGUGGCGGAUCAGAAGUAA